AUGUCCACCAAAACGGUCGGCACCAUUAUCGAUCUGGACCGGAGCCAUUUCAUUCCCGUUUCCCUUGACACCAUCAAGCGAGCGCUGUUGCGCCACCUCGAGAAUGAUCUUCUCACAGACGGUGACAGUAUCGAUGGCGGUCGUGAUGCCCGCCAUGCCAACCGUCAAACCAGCCGAGACCCCCAGGUCCUGGAACUCGUGGCCAAGGAAAAGAUGCGCUUCAUCGACUUUUGCCGCCGUCUAGAAGGUCUCUAUCGAUGCCGCCUUGCUGGCCAAAUGCAACGCCUGACCGACAGUUUCCAGCUCCUCGUCCCGGGCGCCCCCGACUCCAGCCUUGAGCUGGAUCAACCCAACAUCGAGCAUGAAGAAGACAUGCUGCUCAAAAACCUCCAUGAAGCCAUGCGCUCCUCCAACUUUCGCAUGCUGUCCCAACGUGACCUGGAUGAUGCCUUGGGCUCUGAGCACACUCUCGGCCUUGAAAUGGAAAUUGAUCCACACCAACUCGACAGUGGCUUUCUCGACCGCUUCAUCAAUCAAAUGGAUCGCCACGAAGCCGAGACAAUGGCCGUCAUCAACCGCAACGUCCUCAUCUAUCACCGCGGUGUUGGUGUGGAUAUUGCCCGUGGCUACUUUUGGAUGGAAAAGAAACCGGGCGUCCCUCCUCCCAUUACCGUGCGGUCCUUCCGCAAGAUCCCUCGUGCCGACUUUGAGAUUGUACUGCCGGCCGUACGGCCAAAGCGUCGUAGUACCGACGUCUUCAAGAUUCUCAUGGCCCUGGGCAUAGCCAUCUUUACCAUCGUUCUCAAGUUUGUUCAAAUUGUGGAGGAUGAGCUGGAUGAGAAUCAUACAAAGUGGGAAGACGAGCCCUUUGAGCAAAAGCUGCGCGACGUCCUGCCGGUCCUGGCAGCCGUGGGCACCUACGGCGCCAAGCUAAUGGUACAAUAUCAAGCUCAAACCAAGAAUUACCUCAACGUUAUGACCAAGUACCUGUAUGAAAAGGCCGGUGACACCAACGACGGCGUGCGCGCCAGCUUGCUCGAUGCUGUGCUCAACCAGGAACUCAAGGAAUCUAUCGUUGCCUAUUAUUUCCUGUGGCGUCACCGCGAUGCUCUGCAUGUGGAGGAGCUGGACCGAGUCGCGGAAGCUUUCCUUAAGGAGCUCGAUGCCAACACUGACUUUGAGGUACUGGAUGCGAUUGACAAAUUGGAGUUUGACAAGUUGAUUGACAGCUCGCCGACUGAUAAGCUCAAGUUUCGAGCCAAAACGAUAAGUCGCGCAAUUACCACCAUUGAGAACAAGUGGCGUGACUUUUUCGAAGAUCCCGACACUGAAUGUCCUUAUUGUCCUUAUAUGGACCACGAGCUGAAUGGCGGCAAGGAAAGGGCUGCCUGA